GGAGAAGUCGAAGAGAUGCUUCCCUCGGAUUGGCUCCGCUGGGCCAAGUCUUUCUGAGAACUUCACUUCCCGACAUGCCCCGCCUCCUCCCUGUGCUCUUAGUCAAGUGGGAAGAAUCGAAGAGGUGUUACACUCGGCUGGGCUCGCUUAGAGCCGGCUUUUCUAAGAAUUUCACUUCCCAACAUGCUCCGCUGCUCCCCGCGGCUCCUAGUUAACGGGUCUGGUUUCGGCGCGGCUCGAGCAUCGGGCUAGUGGCUGCUUCCUCCUUUGUUUCCCCAGGGCUGGCGUCGUUGUCGUGGUGACGGCUUCCUCCCGGAGAGGCCGGGCUGUUGCGGAGGAGGGCCCAAACGGAGAAAUCGCGGAGACUUCCACGGGCCGCAACCCGGGCGAUUCCAGCUUCAGCUCCAGGACUUGCGCCCAUGGAUUUUUAAAUCGAAAGUUGCAAAGGAAAAUCCAUCAGUAACAGCAAACAUGUCACAAAAAAUUCCUAAAGAAUUAAAAAGAGUCAAUAUUUCCAGUUCUCUAGAGUCUGAAGAUCUUAGCUUAGAAACGACAAUGCCUACAGAUGAAAUUUCCUCAUCAGAAGAAAGAGAAGGGAAAACUGUCAUCACAAGGCAACUUAUUGAAAGAAAAGAACUACUUCAUAGCAUCCAGUUGCUGAAAAUAGAGCUCUCCCAGAAAAACCUAAUUAUUGACAAUAUGAAAGUGGACCAUCUUACAAAAAUUGAAGAGUUGGAGGAGAAACUUAAUGAUACUCUUCACCAGAAGCAACUGUUGGCCUUGAAAUUGGAUAACCAGUUGACAUUCCAGAAAAAGGAUGCCAGAAAAUAUCAGGAAUUAAUGAAACAGGAAAUGGAAACCGUCUUAUUGAGGCAGAAACAACUCGAAGAAACAAAUCAUCAAUUAAUAGAGAAGGCUGGAGAUAUUCGUCGUAGCUUGCGUGACUUGGAGUUAACAGAAGAUAAUUAUGUGAAAUUGAAGUCUCUUCCUGAGGAUCAACUUUCUAUUCCUGAAUAUGUAUCUAUUCGAUUCUAUGAAGUAGUAAAUUCUUUAAGAAAAGAAGUAAAUGAACUGCAGGUGAAAAAGAAUGACCUUUCAGAAGAACUAAUUGAUUACAAAUCCCAGUUAAAGCGAUUAUUAGAGACCUAUGAGGAUGAGCGAAGAAAUCAUUCUGAACUUCAAGUUAGAUGUCAGCGUUUGGCAUUGGAAUUAGCAGAUACAAAACAGCUAAUUCAGCAAGGUGAUUACAGGCAAGAGAACUAUGAUAAGGUAAAAAGUGAUCGGGAUGCUUUUGAACAAGAAUUAUCCGAUUUUAGACGAAAACAUGAAAUCUUAGAAGCAUCUUAUAAAACACAAACUAAAGAAAGAAAUGACUUAUCAAAAGAGGUUGCAACCUUACAGCAGUCUCUAACUUUACUACAAAAGGAUAAAGAGUAUCUUAAUCGCCAAAACAUGGAACUUAAUAUACGUUGUGCUCAUGAAGAAGAUCGCCUUGAAAGACUUCAAGUUCAACUUGAGGAAGCCAAAAAGGCUAGAGAGGAAAUGUAUGAAAAAUAUGUGACCUCCAGAGACCUUUAUAAAACAGAAUAUGAAAAUAAAUUACGGGAUGAACUUGAACAAAUCAAAUUGAAAACAAAUCAAGAAAUUGAACAUCUUAGAAGCACCUCAAAGGAGAUGUAUGAACGUGAAAAUAGGAAUCUGAGAGAAGCAAGGGAUAAUGCCCUGGCUGAAAAAGAAAGAGCAUUUAUGGCUGAAAAAGAUGCUUUAGAAAAACAUGAACAACUCUUAGAACAAUACAGAGAAUUACAACUCAGUUCAGAAAGCAAAGUGGCUGAAUUUCUCCACCAGAGCAAAUUAAAAUCUUUUGAAAGUGAACGUGCUCAACUCCUACAAGAAGAAACAGCAAGAAACCUCACACAGUGUCAAUUAGAAUGUGACAAAUAUCAGAAAAAAUUGGAGGUUUUAACUAAAGAAUUUUAUGGUCUUCAAGCCUCUUCUGAGAAACGCAUUUCUGAACUUCAAGCGCAAAAUGCUGAUCAUCAGGCAAAACUAGAGAAUUAUGAGAAACUAGAAAAAGAACUUGAUGAAAUAAUAAUACAGACUGCAGAAAUUGAAAAUGAAGAGGAGGCAGAACGAGUUCUUUUUUCUUAUGGUUAUGGUGCUAAUGUUCCCACUACAGCUAAAAGACGACUACAGCAAAGCGUUCACUUGGCAAGAAGACUACUUCAGUUAGAAAAGCAAAACUCGUUGUUUGUAAAAGACCUGGAACAUCAAAAGGAACAUAUAACACAGAUUUCACAAGAGCUUGAAAGAGCCAAUUCCUUAUUAGACCAAACACAGCAACCGUAUAGAUAUCUCAUUGAAUCUGUUCGUCAGCGAGAUUCUAAGAUCAAUGAACAAAAUGAACGUAUUUCGCAACUUGAAAUGGAUGUCAGUAAUUUGCAUAAAGAAAAGACAGCCUUGGUACAAAUUAAGAAUCAAAUGGCAGCAGAUUUGGAACAACUUCUAAGUCACCGUGAGGAGUUGGCAGUAAUGAAAAAGACUCUAAUUAAUAUGCAUAACAGGCACUGUGGAGAUAAAUUACCUGCUCCUAAAAACGAGACAAAAAUUAUGACUGAGACAACAAAUCCUGUUGAUCUACCCAAAGAAAAUGAAGAAAAUGUAUUUAUACCCAAACCAACAGUGUUUACCAAAAAAGGACCAUCUGAGUGGCUUAAGACACUGAAGACAAAAAGGACAUAAUUUUUUGGAAGAACUUCAAAUCUUGGCAAUCACUUUGAAAGGACUUAUCCUGGAGAAACAUUAUAUCCCUAAUCAUGUUCUUUAUACAUUUGAAAUGAUUGUUUUGAGAUUUAUUUUAGCCAUAUUUUUAAAAUUUAAUUGUAGUAGUUGAUUUCACUAUAAUAAUUAAGCUGCAUAGAGUAUGAAAAUAUUUCAUACUUAUUUUUAUCUAUUUUGAUACAGAAAAAUAAUUUCUAGCAAUUAUUUAUGAUAAAAAGGAAGUUUUUAUAAUUGUUUAAUUUACAUUAAAGAAUGUCUUAUAAACAUUUGUGUUUCUAUUCAUCAGUUUUUUUUUUUAAUGUCCAGGUCCUAUAAAUGUCUAGGCCCUAUAAAUUUAGAAUUUAACAUAUUUUUAGAUUCACAAGGCAUUGAAUCUAUCAAAUGAUCUGGAGAGGGAAAUGGCAAAUCUUUCCAGCAUCUUUGCCAAGGGGUCAAGAGAGUUAGACACAAUUGAAACAAAGGAACAAUAUACAUUUUUGGACUAUUUUCAAUUACAGUUAACAUUGAUUGGCCAGGAUCACUUAAAUGGUGUCUGACUCCUAGUCCACUCCUCUCUCCACUAUCACCUGGCUAAGAAGCCCAGAGAGCACUCACUAGCUAGCACUUGCUCUCCCAAGCAGGCUUACAUAACCAAUCAGGACUCAAAUUCCAAGUUCCAUUUUCUAUCCACUAUUCCACAGUUGCCUCUUAGAUUAAACACCAUUUUUUGUACCAACAUUUCUCUCUCAAGUGUUUUAAGAGUAUAUUUGCUUUUGGGCAGCUAGAUGGCGCAGUGGAUAGAAUACCAGCCCUGAAGUCAGGAGAACCUGAGUUCGAAUCUGCCCUUAAAGACAUUUAACACUCUCUAGCUAUGGGAUCCUAGGCAAGUCACUUAAACCCAACUGCCUCAGCAAAAAACUAU